AUGGAAUUCAACGACAGGUUGCCAUCGUCGGCAAAUUACGGUGUGAAUUCAAUGCUGCAGACGAACUUUGUCGAUUCCCACGGUCGGGUGCUUAAGAACGUGGUCUCAAUUCCGAUUCGCGUUGGAAAUGCACAAAUCAAACAAGUCAGCACCAGCGUAGCAUCGGCAGCUCUGGUUGAAGGAGAAGCGGAGAAAAAUGUUCGUGUGAAAUUCGAACCAGCACCGACCACAAAUGCAUAG